GCCCUGGGCUGGCAAUAUAGCCGCCCCUUGCAGGCAAGCGCGCAAGUGUGCGGGGGCAGUGCAGCGGGGCGGGGACUGAGACCCAGAAACCCGAGCAGCAGGCACCUGGCGACUCCAAGCUGGGCGAACAUCAUGAGCAACAAAUGCGAUGUGGUCGUGAUUGGGGGCGGCAUCUCAGGUUUUUAUCAUUGAAGAUGCCUAUAAAAUUUAGAUGGAAAAGAGUUCUGCCAAUAUUUUCUUGUAUGUCGGCAGCCAAACUUCUGCAUGACUCUGGCCUGAAUGUGGUUGUUCUGGAAGCCCGGGAUCGUGUGGGAGGCAGGACUUACACUGUCAGGAACCAAAUGGUUAAAUAUGUAGACCUUGGAGGAUCUUAUGUUGGCCCAACACAGAAUCAUAUUUUAAGAUUAGCCAAAGAACUAGGAUUGGAGACCUACAAAGUGAAUGAAGUCGAACGUCUGAUCCUCCAUGUAAAGGGCAAAUCAUACCCCUUUAGGGGCCCAUUCCCAACUGUAUGGAACCCAAUUGCCUAUUUAGAUCAUAACAACCUCUGGAGGACAAUGGAUGACAUGGGACGAGAGAUUCCAAGUGAAGCCCCAUGGAAGGCACCUCUUGCAGAAGAAUGGGAUCGCAUGACCAUGAAGGAACUGCUGGACAAGAUCUGCUGGACACAAUCUGCAAAGCAGCUUGCCAUUCUCUUUGUGAACCUGUGUGUCACUGCGGAAACCCAUGAGGUCUCUGCUCUCUGGUUCUUGUGGUAUGUGAAGCAGUGUGGGGGUACAACCAGGAUCAUUUCAACAAGCAAUGGAGGGCAGGAGAGGAAAUUUGUGGGAGGAUCUGGCCAAGUGAGUGAGCGGAUAAUGGACCUCCUUGGAGACCGAGUGAAGCUGGAAAGGCCAGUGACUCACAUUCACCAGACAGGAGAAAAUGUCCUUGUGGAGACUCUAAACCAUGAGAUCUAUGAGGCUAAGUAUAUUAUCAGCGCAGUCCCUCCAACUCUGGGCAUGAAGAUUCAUUUCAAUCCCCCUCUGCCAAUGAUGAGAAACCAGCUAAUUUCUCGUGUGCCUUUGGGUUCAGUAAUCAAGUGUAUGGUUUACUAUAAAGAGCCCUUCUGGAGGAAAAAGGAUUACUGUGGAACCAUGAUUAUUGAGGGAGAAGAAGCUCCAAUUGCUUACACACUGGAUGAUACCAAACCUGAUGGUAGCUAUGCUGCCAUAAUGGGAUUUAUUCUUGCCAACAGAGCCAGAAAACUGGCACGUCUUAGCAAAGAAGAAAGAUUGAAGAAACUCUGUGAACUCUAUGCAAAAGUCCUAGGCACCAAAGAAGCUUUAGAGCCGGUGCACUAUGAAGAGAAGAACUGGUGUGAGGAACAGUAUUCUGGGGGCUGCUACACGACCUAUUUCCCACCGGGUAUCAUGACUCAAUAUGGAAGAGUUCUACGCCAGCCAGUGGGCAGGAUUUAUUUUGCAGGCACUGAAACUGCCACACACUGGAGCGGCUACAUGGAAGGGGCUGUAGAGGCUGGAGAGAGAGCAGCCCGAGAGAUUCUGCAUGCCAUGGGCAAGAUCCCAGAGGAUGAAAUAUGGCAGUCAGAACCAGAAUCUGUGGACGUUCCUGCAAGACCCAUUACCACAACCUUCUUGGAGAGAAAUUUGCCUUCUGUGCCAGGUCUGCUGAGGCUGAUUGGAUUGACCACCAUCAUUUCAGCAACUGCCCUUGGCUUCCUGGCACACAAAAGAGGACUCCUUGUACGGGUCUAUUGAGGAGGGCAUUUGUAAUCUCCUCUUACUUAAUUUGGUGUGUGGGGUUAAGAAAGGGGUUGCAAUAUACUUCCUUGAAGUCAUAAAGAAUAUAGAGUAAUGUGGGGGAACAUGAAGUGAAGGCAUAUUUCUGACUCUAGUAAAUAGUAUCUCUUCAUUUUUGGUCCCUGAUUAUUGACCCUCCCCUAGUUUCACAUUCUUUUCCUCACAUUUCCAACUUUAAUGACUCCAGAAUUAUUUCCAGUAGUUAAACAGAUGCAUUAAAGGUCGCGGGCAAUCUAUGAUAUGGUCUUUUUGCAACACACACACACACACACACACACACACACACACACACACACACACACACUCACCACCUAGCUUUUCCCUACCUCUCUGCCUUUGUCUUGUCUCUUACAUUAAGAUCCUUAUGUUUCAACUUUUCUGAAUUUUUUUUGUCUUUAGGAUGCUGUAUUUCUAUAGCCGAGAUACUUAGAGGAAUUUCAUUAUUUUAGAGUUGUGCAUACUAUAGAUGUAGAUGUGGGAUUUAAUUGUUCAUGGUACAUAAUAAGUCAUUGCUCUUCUGGUGAUAUAACACAGGUUCAUUGCUUUUCUUGUCUCUUAGGAAGUGUCUGUCAGUGACCUUUCUCUGCUUUCUGCCAUGGUCGCUGAUGGUCUGCCCUUGUGUGUGUUACUUUGUGCCAAGUUGUUAUAUGCUACUCAGAUGCUACUAAGUAUAUAAUCUUAAACCUUACUGUCUCAUGAAAUGUGUAUCCGCUGGUGUUAAAUUUUUGAGCUUGUGACUUUUUUUUCUUUUCUCUCCUUUAUAUCUUAAAUUAUGUAUGGACACAAAUGUCAGUGCACACUUGGGUAAUUAAAAAUAAAGUUGAUUGACUAGA